UUGGACUAUCUCCGCGUCGCUGCCUCCCUCCCCACCUCGGUCACGGCUCUGCGCGGCCGGUCUGAGCAAAUGACAGGCUGAGCUUCCUUCGGCCAGCUCUCCGGGGCUUCGUGAGGGAACGGGGCGGGGAUGGGGACCGGGGGCCCUGGCGGCUGCCGUUUCGGUCGCUGAGAGCCAGCCCCGCAGCCCCAGCCCUUCCAGCACCCUUGGCCUCCCCGCUUUCAGAGCAUCCCCUCCCAGGAUAAGACACCGACUCGGCGGAGGGGCAGCUCCCCCGACCACAUUUUUCCCUCCUUUUCAGCGCCUUCCCCUUCCCAUCCCUGAACCCGGAGCUCCUGGGAUUCCAGCCGGCCCCUCACCCUCAAAGCAGACGCGGGAUUGGGGGAGGGAGUUUGGCCAGGGACGGAACUUAACAAACUCCUUGGGGACCUUGAUUCCCAGGGAAGAAUGGCAGUGACCCAGCACGGAUUGGGGACCCAGUCAGGCAGCCCAGAAAGAGGGAGACUAUACAGACAGAUGUAAAGACCCACUUAACAACAUGUGUGAACCUGUCUACAAGGCUGGGACAGGAUAUGAGGUGCGAAGAAUCCAGAUUCAACCGAGUGGUGUAUCAGAAAAAGAUGCCGUCUCAAUAUUGGUUUGUGUUUAUUUUCCACUGACCCUAUGGGUGAAGAUAUCCUUGACCAUUACUCCAUCUGAAUAUGUUCCAGCUCAUCCAGUGUUACAUCACCAGAAAAAGAUAACUGUUUCCAGCAAGGCUUCUAAAAAAUUCCAUGGGAAUCUAUAUCGUGUUGAAGGAAUAAUUCCAGAAUCAACAUCUAAACUAUCUGAUUUCCUCUACAAACCUGAGAACAGAGUUACAUGGGAUAAAUCAUUGAAAGUAUACAACAUGGUACAAAAAAUUGACUCGGACACAUGCAUAUGUCAUACCAUUACACAGAGUUUUGCUAUGGGGUCAAUUUCCCCCCGAGACUUUAUCGACUUAGUGUAUUUGAAGCACUACGAAGGGAAUAUGGAUAUCAUCAGUUCUACUAGUGUGGAUUUUCCAGCAUAUCCUCAGUCUUCGAAUUAUAUCCGUGGUUAUAAUCAUGCCUGUGGCUAUAUAUGUUCACCUCUGCAAGAGAACCCAGCCUACUCCAAACUAGUGAUGUUUGUCCAGACAGAAAUGAGAGGAAAAUUGGCCCCCUCAAUAAUUGAAGCAACUAUGCCUUCCAAUUUAGUAAGCUUCAUCCUCAAUGUACAAGAUGGAAUAAAGACCCACAAAAUUCCAUCAGGACGUGGAUAUCAUCAUAAUGGGCACUCGUCAUUGCUAAAGAAGAAAUGAGGCCACUUAAAAUCACGUGUGGCAGUUACUGCCUUUUCCUUCUAAGUCAGUGUGCAUGAAUCCUGUUACACUAUUCUAAACAAUAUUCUUGAACAAAUUACUGAAGGUACUGUGUGAAAAUAAGAGCUUAUAGUUGUACAAGAGAGCAGCAUUAAAUAUAGUUUUUAAUCUCAUAUAAGAAUAAUGUUAAAUAACAAGUGUUCUUAAUGCACUUUUAUCUUUUGUUUUCCUCCCUGGAAAAUGCUCUGCCAAAAAGCAUCAGUAAGAAAACGUAUACAGUCAGAGGUCAGCAUUAAUUAAAGAUUCAAAUAUAUUUUAAAUUGUUUUUCUUUCACUUACUGCUUAAAUUCAUAACUGCAGGAAACAUAAACAUUAAAAUUGAAAAGAAUUCCACUAGAAUGUCUGACGACUAAUAUCUGGAAUUGGCAGCUGAAUCAUGAAUCAAUUUCUGGUCUGGCCAGAAUGUAGUAGCCCGUUCCUCUCAAGUCCUUCCUCGUAAAACUAGAAGACUCUGUACUUACCAUGACAGAUAAGCACAGACAGACUCCAGCACAGGUGGAAAGAAGAAG